GGAAGCACCAAGAUGGAGUUCUUCAUAGGGAGCCCGUUCAGUACUCCUGUAGGACAAUGUAUAGGGGCAAAAUCAUCAACUAUACGAAACUCCACACCGUUAAGUUAACUUCCCCCGCUUCCUAGCAUCUUGAAGAAUUACUUCUUUAGUAGCAAAAUAAUGUAGACGCAGAAUCACCACUCGAGGUUUCGUCUUAACCAAUGGAUUAUUGCGAGGGAUUGGGUGCACCCUGUCUAUUAAUGGAAAAGUUUCAAGUAUCUCACUAAAAAAACGAGCUACGGAUGGAUCCUUGCAGACAGAGGACUGGACUCUAAAUAUGGAAAUCUGUGACAUUAUUAACGAGACUGAAGAAGGGCCUAAAGAUGCAAUCAAGGCUCUGAAGAAAAGACUGAGUGGAAAUAAAAACUACCGUGAAGUGAUGCUUGCUUUAACGAUUUUGGAGACUUGUGUUAAGAACUGUGGUCAUCGUUUUCAUGUCCUGGUAGCUAAUCGUGACUUCAUCGAUGGCAUUCUGGUCAAAAUUGUCUUACCCAAGAAUAACCCACCGGCUAUUGUACAGGAUAAAGUGCUUGGACUGAUACAGGCAUGGGCCGAUGCUUUCAGAAGCAGUCCAGAUCUGACUGGUGUAGUUCAUAUUUAUGAAGAACUAAAGAGAAAAGGAAUGGAGUUUCCAAUGGCAGACCUAGAUGCACUGUCUCCAAUACACACACCAGGAAGAUGUGUUCCUGAGGUUGAUCCUGCAAUGAACAAACCAGUACCUCAAUCCUUGCAGAAAACCAGUUCCACAAAAAAAUUUCUAUUGGCACCAAACACCCUGACUGGCUAUUCAGUUCCUCAAAGCCUUUCAUCUAGACCUAUCACUGCAAAUGUUGAGCAGCUUGCCAGGUUACGCAGCGAGUUGGAUGUCGUCCGUGGAAAUACAAAAGUAAUGUCUGAGAUGUUGACUGAAACAGUUCCUGGGGAGGAAAAUCAAUCGGACUUGGAGUUGCUUCAGGAACUAAAUCGUACCUGCCGAGCAAUGCAACAAAGAAUCGUUGAACUUCUGUCCAAUGUAACCAAUGAAGAGAUCACCAAGGAACUUUUGCACGUCAAUGAUGAUCUUAAUAAUGUUUUUCUUCGAUAUGAAAGAUUUGAGCGAUGUAGAACGGGAUGUGUAAGUCCAAACACAGAAGAUAGUGUCUUGAAUGAGGUUACAGAUACAGAUAAUCUAAUAGACUUGGGUCCAGGGUCCCCUGCAGUUGUCAGCCCAAUGGUUGGAAACAUGGCUGCACCUAGUCUGUCUUCACAGCUUGCUGGUCUAGAUCUGGGUACAGAUAGUGUUAGUGGAACCCUGAGUUCUUUGCCCAGUUGCCAUCUGGACACUCAUGACUCUGCUAACUUUGAUAUGUUUCCACAAACCAGAAGCUGUUCCCUGGCCAAUCAGCAUCAAAAGGUAAUGUACACAGACUCACAGUCAGCUGGAGGAUUGGCAACUACUCUUGAGGAUCAAGAAAGCAAUACAGCACAGCUGAACAUUAGAGUUGACAAUCCAGGCAUCGAGCCUAUAGACAAGUGGCUCAUGACACAAGGACUGAUUCCUGUUGCACAGUCUCUCAUGGACGACGUUGAGGAAUGGCUCAGCACUGAUGUGACGGGUGAUGAGGCAGAAGAAGGGGUUACAAGUGAAGAAUUUGACAAGUUUUUGGAAGAAAGAGCAAAAGCAGCAGAGAGAGUCCCAAGUCUGCCAUCCUCUACCUCCAGCAACAACUCUCCUCCACUGCCAGGUGCAAAUAUGAAGAAACAGGACCGAUCUAAGGAUGCCCUCUUUGCUUUGUAAAUAACUGUGCUUUAGUGUGUGUGUUCACAUGCGUGAGGUUCAUCUGUUACUGGGCAAGGUGCUGUGUUUAUGGUGAUGCACUGAAUGAUUUUGUGCAUUCCCUUUAAUGCUCUUGUCUCCUCAAACUGCCUUAGUUGCUGUGGACUUUGGCUAAAAACUGGCAAACAUCUUUUUCAAACCACUAUCUUUUUAAAAUGCUGCCACUGAAUUAAAUAUUAUUCACACAUACCAUUAGACUUUAAAAUAUAUCAUAUGUACCAAACAGUUCGUGACUCCAAAGGGCCUGUUUUUUGAUUAAUCUGCAACUCACUGAUGGAAAAAAUUGCAUCAUUGGAUGGCAGUUACCUAUUCUUAAAACAAUAACAUUUUAUUAAGUAUGUCCUGGGAAAAUAAACUUUAAUCUCAAAGUAAACUGUUUCCUCUAACUGGAUUUCAAUACUGAAGACUCAGAGCACCUUGUACUAUUUAACAGAUAUCACAGAGGUUAUUAAUGUUAUAAAGGACAUUUGAAAAAUUCAGGUUUGUUCUAAGCUAUACCUUAGCGUGUUUUAACUAAUUGUAUAACAGUAUGACACUAAAGGCAGUGUAUCAUGGCUGGAACUGCACUUGGAAAUAAUCCAUUAAAUACAGGAUGCAUUUUAAUGUUGUUAAAAAAGCUGAUCAUUGUUCAACUAGCCACUUUUGUGGUUUAUAUCACACAGUGGUAAAUGAUAAUUUCUGGUUCAUGUGUGCAGAAAGAUCUUUUUUCUUUAAACCCUGGAGUCCAGGUUUGUGGCUGGUGCCAUUGGUUUUAAUUCGAAAAUGUUUAUGCCACCUAGAGGUAGACAAUAGUGUUGAAAUGACUUGCUAGCACCUGGACAGUUUAUUGAAGGGGAUAAAUAUUUUCACAGGAAGUUGGCAUUGCAUUCUAUUUCCUGUGAAAUCAGGUCUGUAUAAAUAUUAAUGCUUGCUUCAGGUUGACUGUUAGAAGAUGUUUAUUUCGGUCUGUAAAAUUUAUAUUUUAAAUUUUAAAAGCAUAUUUAAAGAUGAGGGAGCUGCUUGUUUUUGUAUAUCCCUAUGUGAGUGCAUCAUUAUGGUGCUUCUGAUUUGCUUUCACUGUUCACUACAAAGUGCCCUCUUUUGUUUUGCUUCCUUUCAGACAUUUAGUGUCUGUGUGUUUACUUGUAUUCAUCACUUUGGUACCAGAGUCAAACCUAUACACAUUGUUACAGCUUAAAGAUUUGGCUACUUGAAUUUGUGCCUUGAAUGAGUUAACCAUAUGGUAAAAUCUUCAUUAUAGAAAGGAGAACAUGCGAUGUAAAAGUAGUAAAAUAAAGAAUUAUGGAGAAUAAGGAAUAAGGAAGUUUAAAUAAGUAAGUUUGCUUUCAAAUGUGCCCACAAUACAUUUAGGUUUUUACAUUCUUUCAAGUUGUAUUUUGCCUUUCUGAUCCACUUUUGUCAUCUUGCCUAGAACUGAGUAUCAAAAAGGAAUUUGAGUAAAAAUUAACAAUUGGUAUGAAAUUUUUCCUCAAGACUGAUUGAACAUGUUAGAAAAUACCUAGCAUUUAGUUUUUUCUUUCCCAAACUUGGGGUUUGUUUCUACAGAAAUAUUUUUGAACUGAAUAUCAACAAAUUUAAAUAUUGGUCAUUAUUAGUGGCAGCAUACUGAGCACAUUAAGAAAGGUAUUCAUGAGGUAAUUUAAUACUGGAAUGUUAGUUUUCUGGCUUCUCCCUUCCAAUAGUAAAUUGGUAUCAGUGAACUCCAUCUUGAAAGACAAACAGUUGCCCAUACCUUAGAUCAUUUCAAUCCUUAGCUCCAGAAUCCUCUUCCCUAAGUUGUCCAUCUCCGCUUCCCCCAUAAGAGCCUCCUUAAAAUUAAUCAUGCUAUUACAUUAUUUCCUUUGAUUAAGCAUCAUGUUUUAUCUUUAGCUUUCCAUGUUACAGAUGCUAUAUAAAUGCAAAAUAGUGUGUAACACUGCCUCUAGCACUAAAUUCAUUCUCAGCUAAAUCAGGAGUAUUUUACUCAAUAUAGACGUGAAUAGAUUUGUAAAUUUUCUCAGUUCUAACCCAUGCCCCUAUUCUUUCUUUUACAGCUUUUCCUUUUCUGUAAGAGAAUAUAGUUUGUAUCAUUAAGUAAUUCACUGCUGCAGUUACUGCCAGAGAUACAAAGGUUUGGGUUCGGUAGUGGUGAGGUGAGGGGUUUCCACAGAUCAAUGAGAGAGACACAUUGGCAUAUCGUUGGGGAGGUGUGGUGACUAAUGCAUAGACAUAGAAAGCAGUUGAUUCCUUGUUUGCAGUUCUCAUGUUUGUUCAUUGUAAGGUCUACAUGGCCGUUAUUUGAAAGAUGAGUAUUUCAUGAUCAUAAUCACUAUUGAUAUCACUCUGCGUUCACUAUAUUUUGAACAUUUUUGUGUACAACUGGGUUUGUCAAAUGCUUCAACAAAAUGAGAAGCAUCAAAGAACCUUAAACGCCCUGGUCUUUUUUAAAAAAAAACAAAAUAACUUUUCUAUGGAGUGCUGUGAUGAAAACAAGUCUCUUCUUUAGAGCUUCACCAAAGUGUUAUCUAGCAAAAACUGACUGACUUGUUAUUAAAAAGAUUGUUAUAAGUUUGGUCAACAAUUUGAAUUUUAAAGAUAACUUAGAAAAAUAGAGAGGUGUAAAGGUUUGGGAGAGGACUGACAAUUUCUCCAACCUUUACAGCUGAAGAAUGUUAGGAUAAACAAGAGGCUGGAACUUGGGGAUCUGAAUAUUUUGUUAUACAGAAGAAGGACAAAACCAUGAGGAGAUUGCAGGGACUGGAAGGCCAAAUUAAUAUUUUCUUUAAAAUUGAAAGCAACAUACAUUAAAUGGUGGAGUAACUCAGUAGGUCAGGCAGCAUCUAAACAAUCAACAUUUUGGGCCAAAAUCCUUCAUCAGGACUGGAAGGGAAGAGAGAAGCCAUCAGCCAGAUUAUUCAAUUGUAUAGUAAUCAAAAGUUAAUUGCUCCAGUUUCAAAACAUGGGAACUCCAAAAUAAAAAUAAAACAAAUGCUCAGAACACUCAGCAGAUCAAGCAAGAGCUUUGGAGAGAGAAACCUAGCUUCACAAGAUCAUCUCCUUGAAACAUUUUUGUUCUUGCCUUAAAUUUCUAUUGUUUCUGCUGGUGUUUCCAGGUUCCAUUUUCUGGACCACUUUAAAUUGGGCUUUAUUGUUUUGUUAUAUGACUUAAGUAUUUUGGCAUUGCAAGAAUAUUCUGAGCAGCAAAAAACACAAAAUUUAAAAAGUCAGUGUUUUCCCUUUUGUGUCUACACUCAAAUAAACGACCAAUUCUUAGAUUUGAGUGAAUAGAUUUACCUGCAUGAUAGGCACCUUUGGGGGGUGGGGGGGGGGGGUCUCUAACUCUGUUGGUUCUUGCUGUAUAUGUCAGCCCACUUUGCUGAGAUGUAUGUUCACGCAACAGAGGAGUGCAGGCACGGUGCAAAUUGAACCUACUCUACUUGCAGCUGCAGUGUCUUUUGAAAGUCACGGAUUCAAGCUCUUCUCUUGGCACAAGAUCCUGCUUUAUGCUUGAACCCUGAAAUUUCCCUCUUAGUUGCUGUGUAUAAUUGUGUUGGAGACCAAGGAAUCAGACUGCUAAAGUGCACGACUUCAUGCACAUACUGUAUGUAAAAAAAAAUCUGACUUCUAUGAAACUGGCAUGGUUUGACUCCUCAAUUUGUUUUAAGUAAGUUUCAUUGUAAAAAGCUAUUUUAGUCCUUUUAAACUUAUUUAUUUUGCAGUAAGUGGACUUAGUAAAGUAUGUGAUUAUUUUUAUUUAGCAUCGUUAUGAUGUGAAAGAAUGACAGAAUUUGCAAGUUUAAAGAUCUCUUUCUAAUUGAAGAUAUAUAGAUGACAGGGAAUGCUCUUUUUAAGUAGGGUCUGGCUAUAUGUUGCUUUUUUGUGUGCUGUUUAAUUUAUGAGGGUCAUGGGUGAUAUAAAUUGGGUAAAAGGGAGUCAAGGUAAAUAAAAUACCAUAAGUAACCUCGAUGGUGUAAGUAUCUAUUAAACAAGUCAUUUGAACUGUGCAGAUUCUUGACUUGCAUCUUUCAUUAGAGAUGAAUUCUUGUGAAAUUAGACCUGUUUCCUGUUCUUUUCCAUGUCCAACUGCCUUUCAUUUGAAGCCAACAAGAUUCAUUAAGCUAGUUUGGCCUACAAUUGCCAUGCCCCCUAGUUUGGCCUACAAUUGCCAUGCCUCCUAGUUUGGCCUACAAUUGCCAUGCCCCCUAGUUUGGCCUCCAAUUGCCAUGCCCCCUAGUUUGGCCUACAAUUG